AUGCAAGAAAAUCCAAAUUCCAUAAUUCAAUCAUCUUUAUCAGCUUGGAUCGCUGAAUCAACACGUGGUUCAGAUAUUCUUUUAUUUUCUAACAUUUAUCUUUUAUUUUUAUUUGAAUUCUCUUUGAAAUCAUCAAAUAUUUUGACUGAUUAUGCAGAUCAUUUAAAAUUAGCUGAUUUUGAUUUAGCACAUCAAUAUCAUAUGGUUAAACGAGCUUUAAUACAUGAAGUUGUGACAUUAUGGUAUCGAUCACCUAAAAUAUUACUAAAUACACAUACAGCUUUGGAUAUUUGGAGUUUUAGUUGUGUAUUUGCUGAAAUGAUAUUUGGAGAAGCAUUAUUUCGUCAUGAAUGUGAAACUGAUCAAUUAUUACUGAUUUUUCAAUAA